AUGUCUAUAGUAUUUCCACCUGAUGAGGAUGGUCCAUACAUCGAAAUAGAACUUGAUCCUGCUGCUGUUAGCACCACAAUUCACAAUGAUGCUGACAACAAGAAUAGUUGCAUGCAUGAACAUGACGAUGAUGAUGUAGAACUAGAACACAGGGAAGAGUGCGAAUUGCGCAUUUCGAUUUCAUCAACCGUUUCUGUUUCCCUUCAAAAAGAGAGUAUAAGUGUUGAUGGUGCUGCUGAAAUUGGAGUUUCAGUGACUGGGAAAAGUCCUCAACCAAGCUUGACAACACCGACAACGACAACGACAACAGCAAAUGGGAUUAUGAUGAAACUUAUGAUCAAGUUUCGAUGUAUAAAAAUCAGAUCAUUCAUUGCAUCACUCAUGAAACAAACACAAACCAGUCAAGCCAGCUCAAGCAAAAAGUCCAUAACCUUUUUUCAAUGUUAUGAGGAGGAUAGCAUAAGUGCCCCUAUGAGAAAGAGUAAAAAAUUGAUGGAGAUGGAUUUGGGAGCAUUUAAAUGUGUAUUCAAUGCUAUAGGAAUGAGCAGAAGAUCAAAAAGAAGAACAGAUGCUUCAACUUCAUGUAACAGCACACCAACUCAUGAAGGAUUUUCAAAAGAUAAUUCCAUUCAAGGAGCUAUUGCCUAUUGUAAAAGUUCAUUUGGUCAAACAUCUGAUUUCACAUUCUCAAGUUCAAUUACCUCUACUCCUACUAGGUUUGUAGCAUAUCAUUAUUGA